AUGGCAGCAAACGUAGCAGCUGGUAUUGUUCAAAACUUGCUAUGGAGUUGGUUCAGCGUGCAAAGAUAUAGAAAGUUGCAAGAAACAUGGGCAGCCUGGCCUGGUCUUAUCGUAGCCUGGAUUGUCCUUGCUAUGAGUCUCGAACUUUUUGAUUUCUCGCCCUGGGGAAGAAUGGUCGAUGCGCAUAGUUUAUGGCACCUGGGAACCGUCGGACCCACGAUUUGGUGGUACAGCUUCCUGGUAAAGGACGCACAAGAAGAUGUCUCAUCACAGCGAUUGAAAGCUUGA